GUGACCCUGAAAUUUCUCUAGUUUUGAGUCCUUUCUACUAUUCCUUGUCUGGUCUUGAGACCUUAGCAACGGAACUCCACGGAAAGCCUUUAUAUUUGACAUAUGGUUUCCGGAUCUUGAUAUCCUGCUAUAUUAAAAUCAACUGAAGUCAUACUUAGCAGUAAAUAAAUUUAUUUCAUUCCCAAUAUCAGUUCUUCUUUGUUUUGUUUUAAUCUACCAUCAUGAGCGCAAAUUUUCAGUCUUCUUCAAACGGAGAUAUCAACAUUGGCUGGAAACUAGAAGUAGGUACGACAGUGACAUUUUUGAGUGCCGCUAUCGUGGUCGCGCUUAGAUGUUUCACACGACUAAAGUACUCAGAGAGAGGAUGGGAUGAUUACCUGAUGGUGUUUGCAUUGCUUCAAGCUCUUAUUGCCACUGUUAUCGACUUUGUAGCCGUACAUUAUGGCUUGGGCCGACAUACAUCCUACGUCAAAUACAACGAGGCGGUGCACCAGCAAUACUACAAUCUUCUUGCGCAAGUAUUCUGUGUACAGGCAUUGAGCUUCGCCAAGAUGGCCAUUGUUGUGUCGUACUUGCGAGUAAUUCAUGGCACCGGGAUCCGCAUACAUCAAAUCUUACUAUGGACUCUAGGGAUCUUGGUCUUUAUCGUCAACACUAUGGUUAUCAUCACUUUUUACACUGCAUGCACUCCAAUCGAGAAAUCAUGGAACCCUUUGAUUAAGGGUACAUGCUGGACCAUAGAUAAAAAACUUGGAUUUUUUCUUCUCCAAGGAGCUUUCUCUGCGUUCUCGGAUUUUUUCUUGGCAUUUUACCCAUUUUUCUUCUUGCACAAGCUACAACUCAAAAAGCGAACCAAAGCACUCGUUCUAUGUUUGAUGGGUCUGGGCACAGUGACUGGAAUUUUUGCCAUUAUACGAACCGUCCAAAUUGGCGCACAGCUCCACCCCCCUCCAAAUCAAAAACCGGAUACUUUCAGUACCGUCCUUGGUCUUACUUGGUCUGGCAUGGAGAGAAACAUCGCGAUUCUUCUCGGGAGUGUGCCUGCGUUGAAUGCGCUCGUAGCACCAGCUACUAGACUUAUGAGCCAGACUCUAGUUUCAUCGAGCUUGAAAUUCAGAUCGGCGAGAUCUCAAUCGUACCAGCUAUCGGAUGUUCCUCAGUCCGGUAAGCUAACCAGCAAUAUUAGUGAACGGCAAAAGUCUGAAAUUGAGAGCACUCGAUCGACGGGUACGCGAAACUUCAAUACAAGUGAAGAACGGAUAUUUCCCAUGUAGGGCAAAGAGAUUUAGUGAUAAAUUAAAGUGCCAAAGAAGUCCAUGCAGUACUUAGAUUAUCGGCCUAGCUUUUGUGAGUUUUUCUGAAAUCUCAUCGGAAGUGUACUAGAUACUCCGACAUAAGAGGGUAAGAUGAGCGCAGUUUGUAUCAAUGUACGAUGAUUAUAAUCAUAGAUUGAAAGAGAGUUUUCCUACACUUUUUAUAGGAUAAACAGCUUGGUUCUUUAAGGGUUCUUUUAAUUCUAUUAUCCUCUCGCUUCCACAAGAAAGCUUUUUGUCCAACAAUUGCUUUUGAUUGGCAUUUUUUCUCAUAAAAUAAGCAAUGAUUUUGUGUACGUAUUUUCA